ACUUAACCAAAGUUUUUUUCUUCUCUCAAUGAAGAUGAAUAGGCUUUUCUUAUUCCAAUGGCUUCUUUUGCUUCUCUUAUUCAUCUUCACAAAAACUUCAAUUUCUUUAAAACUCCAUAAAAUCCCAAGACUCACACCACUUGUUGAAAAUAUAAUUCAAGAUUUUAACACCCUUUCUUCUUCUUCAAUAAGAAUUCUACCAAAAGGAUUUGAGACUUAUUACUAUACACAAACACUUGAUCACUUUAAUUAUGGACCAAAAAGUUACAAAACUUUUAAGCAAAGGUACAUAAUUAAUUCUAACUACUGGGGUGGUUCAAAUUCAAGUUCUCCAAUUUUUGCCUAUCUUGGUGCUGAAUCUUCUAUUGAUGGAGAUCCUUCUUCUAUUGGAUUUCUCACUAAUUUUGCACCUCAAUUUAAAGCUCUUCUUGUUUACAUGGAGCAUAGGUUUUAUGGAAAAUCAAGACCAUUUGGGACAAUGGAAGAAGCUCUAAAAGAUGAAGAUAUUAGAGGAUAUUUCAAUUCAGCACAAGCUAUAGCUGAUUAUGCACAACUUUUGUUACAUAUUAAAGAAAAAUAUUCAGCACAAAAAGCUCCAAUUAUUGUCAUUGGUGGAUCUUAUGGAGGAAUGCUUGCUUCUUGGUUUCGAAUGAAGUAUCCACAUAUAGCUCUUGGUGCAUUAGCUUCAUCAGCUCCAAUUCUUUAUUUUGAUAAUAUCACUCCACAAAAUGGAUAUUAUUCAAUUGUAUCUAAGGAUUUUAAAGAAGCUAGUAAGAGUUGUUAUCGUUCUAUAAAAAAAUCAUGGUCUAUAAUUGACAAGAUUGCUUCUAGAAAAAAUGGACUCUCCUAUCUCAGUCGAAAAUUCAAGACUUGCUCGCAGUUGAGGGAUGCAUCUGAGUUGAAAGAUUAUUUGGAUGAACAUUAUUCAGUGGCUGCUCAGUAUAACCAGCCACCAAUUUAUCCAGUGACAACACUUUGUGGAGGAAUAGAUGGUGCACCAAAAGGAAGUCAUAUUCUUGAUCAAAUUCAUGCUGGCAUUGUUGCCUUUGCAGGAAAGAGGCCUUGUUACAACACAAACACAACUCCUAGUGAAACUGGCUUGGGUUGGAGAUGGCAAACAUGCAGUGAGAUGGUGAUGCCAAUAGGGCGUGGCAAAAACGACACAAUGUUCUUUUCAGAACCUUUCAAUUUAGAUGAAUUCAUAAAAGAAUGCAAGAAAAAGUAUGGUGUCUCACCACGUCCACAUUGGAUCACAACUUAUUAUGGAGGACAUGAUAUAAAAUUAAUUCUUCAUAAGUUUGCUAGCAACAUCAUUUUCUCUAAUGGGCUAAGAGAUCCUUAUAGUAGUGCAGGGGUUUUGAAAGACAUAUCUCCCAAUCUACGAGCUGUUUACACACGUAAUGGUUCCCAUUGUUUAGACAUUCUUAAUGCAAAGCCAAGUGAUCCAGAAUGGCUAACCAUGCAAAGGAACACAGAAGUUAAAAUCAUUGAAGGAUGGAUAGCACAAUACUAUGCUGAUGAUCUCAAGUCUCAACUUCCUCAUCAAAAUUAGAAAAAUUCCCUAAAUAAUUAGUCUAUUUAUUAUUAUAUAUUGCAAAAUAUAUAUAUAUAAAGUAAGACAAAGAAUGGGGAGAAAAAAAGUUGUUGAUCUCAUUUCACAGGAGUUUGAUUUGUAUGUAUUAAUGAAAUUAACAAUGUUGUAAUUCUCUUUAUUCUUCUCUAAAUUUUACUUCAUAAUUAAUUAAGGAACUAUCAUUGAGUUUUAA